AUGAUGAUGAAGACGACGAUAGAUCCGGCGGCUGCGGCUCCAUCAACAGCAGCAGUCAUCCUGCCGGACGAGCUCAUCUGGGAGGUGCUGCUGCACCUGCCGGCCAAGUCCCUGGCGCGGUUCCGCUGCGUUUGCCGGUCCUGGAACCACCUCCUCCGGUCGGACUCGGACGCCGCCUUCCAGCGGCUCUACAGCGACAGGCAGCAGGCGGCGGCGUCCGUCGGCCUCGGCCGCCUAGCGUUCGCCGCUGCCCGGUUGGCGCCGCCACAUCCCUGCGAGGUAUGCGAAGGCUUGACCAUCAUGCCCUGCGACGGCUGCCCCAGGUUCGUUGGCGGCGGCAAGCCGUGCCACCGUGGCGUGGCCCUCCUCAGCCGGCCGUGUACGGGCGCCUACACGCUCUGCAACGUGUCCACGGGCGGCCUCCUGCGCCUCCCGCCGUGCCCCACCGUGGGCUUAAUCUCCGCCGCCGGGGUCGGGUACCUCGCGGCCACCGACGAGUACAAGGUCGUGCAGCUUGCCCUGGUGACGGACCGCCCGGUGUGGAGACUGCCACGUGCUCACGCCACGCGCAAGCCGUCUCCGCACGGCCAGCACGUCGGAGUGUCGGACUACCGACUCGUCAUGCAACCCAUUGGCACAGCGCUCGCCGAGCUUGACGGGUGCCUGUGCAUGAUCCGGGACCUUCGCCGCCGCCGUGACGUGGCUGCCAUGUUCGAGGUCUGGAAGCUCAAGGACUACGAAUCUGGCGUCUGGUCGUUGGACUAUCGUAUCUACGAGGAUCUCCUCGCUACGUCGUCGUCGUCGUCUCAGCUGACGAAGAAGAAGCUGAUGGAACCAUGGCUGGUGAUCCCAAUUUGCUAUCUACCUUCUGAUGACGGUGACGAUGACGACGGCGACGACAGGCAACCACGGCACACGACGUGCACCUCUACGACCCGCAGACCGCCACGCUUGAGACGAUUGCAUCGGCGGCACAUUGUUGUAACUACCCCGACCCGACCAACGAAGAUAACGAACUGUACCUGGUUAUGCGCCAGGAGAGCCUCCUUCACAUCGACGGCAUGGAAUAUGGUGCAAAAGGGAUCACUGAAUUAA